CUGAAAGGAAAAGGAAAAACCCUAACCUCGUCCCUACUCAUCUCAUUCCUUCCAAAAGUCCGGUAAUAAUACGGUAAGGUAGAGUAACUGUCAAAUGACUACAACUUCUCCACACCCGUUUUCCCCAGUCGCGCCUUCUUCCAUCUGUUUCUGUCCUCGUCCCUUGCUAAGCCGUUCAACCUGUGCCGUUUUGCGCCUCUGGAACUACGCCUCCAACUGCUAUCAUACCCGGAUUGUUGCGCGAGCAAACACCCUUCCACCUUACCCAACCCAUCCCCCAACCAUCCUCCCAACCGUUUAGCUCUUUCCCGGUCCCCUAGGGCCCUGGGGCUUGGCCCGUCCUCUGCUGCCAUCUUAAAGGCGGUGAGAUCCCUCGGGAGACACCAUACAAACAAUCGCAAUGGACACUAUUUCACCGGACGAGUCUCAGUCUGAUGUUGCUCCAAAGGGAAUCGCGAAUAGUCAGAGAAAGAAUAAAGCAUUCGAGCAAUUGGAUCGCCCCGGCUCAGUUCGUAUUAAUGUGCAAGGAGCUUUUAUAGUGGACGACGAUUCAUCCACCCCUCCUCGAAGCGGCUCUCCUCCACGCUCUACCGGACCGAGCGAGACCAAAGACAUCCGUCUACCGCACCACAAGGCUGGAGUAUCGCACAUUGCCGUUGAUAUUGGCGGUUCACUGGCAAAGUGCGUCUAUUUCACUCGAGAUCCCAGUGGUCAGGGUGGAAAGCUGAGCUUCAAGAAUUUCGAAACCGAGUAUAUCGACGACUUGAUUGGCUUCAUGGAUAGUCUUGUUAAUGGAAAGCGCUCGGGACAGGGCCAUUGCAUGGUGAACAAGAGGGACCGUCUGCACAUCAUGGCCACUGGGGGAGGCGCAUACAAAUACUACGACAAAAUUAAGGAGGCAUUAGGAGUGGAGAUCUAUAGAGAAGAUGAGAUGGAAUGUUUGAUAGUUGGUCUUGAUUUCUUCAUCACCGAGAUUCCCGAUGAGGUUUUCACAUACAGCGAAGAAGACCCCAUGCAAUUCGCUGAGCGACGAGUAGACAUCUAUCCCUACUUGCUGGUGAACAUUGGUUCCGGCGUUAGCAUGAUCAAAGUUUCGGGCCCUCAACAGUUUCAGAGGAUUGGCGGUUCAUCGCUUGGUGGCGGGACCCUGUGGGGCCUUCUGUCGCUUUUGACAUCGGCAAGAUCGUUUGAUGAAAUGUUGGGGAUGGCCGAAAAGGGCGACAAUGCCAAGGUUGAUAUGCUUGUAGGUGACAUAUAUGGUGGCGGAUACGGCCGGAUAGGCUUGAAAUCCUCCACUAUUGCCAGUAGUUUUGGUAAGGUUUUCAAGAAGCAGGUAGAAUCCGGGACGGAAUACUCUCCGGAGCCCUCCACCGCCAACGGAAAGAACAGAGGCUUCGAGCCCGAGGACAUCAGCCGGAGUUUGCUCUACGCAGUCAGUAACAACAUUGGACAAAUUGCAUACCUUCAGGCCCAGAACCAUGGCCUUGAACACAUCUACUUUGGCGGUUCCUUUAUUCGAGGCCACAAACAAACCAUGAACACCCUCUCCUACGCCAUCAAAUUCUGGUCCAAGGGCGAAAAGAAGGCAUACUUCCUCAGACACGAAGGGUACCUAGGCUCCGUCGGCGCAUUCAUUCGUCGACAGCCCAGAAAUUGGGGUCGUCGGUAUAGUGCCGGUGACGAACACCCGUAUCCGGGCAUCCGCUUCAACGAUAAAGAGGUUUGAGUACAGCGCUGGUACCACUUCCUUCCUGAAAACGAUAUAUAUCAUCAAGUUAGAGGGUUGAUCUUUUUUUCUUUUCUUCUUUCUUUCUUUUUUAUCGGAAUAAUCCGUUGUUCGUAUGGCGUUGGCAUGCUUAUUUAAUCCUCUACAAUUUCUUCCUCUACAAUUUCUUCGCCUCUCCUCAUCCUUCCCUUUUUUUUUUUUCACUCGCUAAGAUGAAUUACAACGACUUGUAUGAUAGGCCAGUGAAUCGCUUCCUGCCUAUCUACCUAGCAUAUUAUCCUGGUUCAACAUCUUGAUUGUGUGCAUAUAUGUAUGUGGAAUGUUCGAGCUUGGCCAGAGCAGAACAGAGGAGAUAAUAAUAUUAUUAUAUAUCUAGGA